UCCAAGAGAUAAUUCAACUCUGGUGUCGAGCGUCUGAAAACGAACAAAGCCGGAUUCUGGUCUUAAUCGCGGCAAGAAUUUUCUGCGGUUAGUUGUACUGCUCGAUUAGCCAUGCCUUACUCGACCUGCCGGGUUCAACUCGAUUAGCCAUACCUGAACAGACGUAAACACAUCUUCCUGCCUGCGCUGCUCGGCGGGCUGCCGCUGGGCUUGUAUUAAACGCUGAAGAUUUUAUCGUUUUAAACCCGCUUCUGCUUCCUAUCAGUGAAUAAAUCUUCACCAUGGGCAAGAAGGAAGAAGAAGAGGUUAUUAGGAUCGCGAAGAAGCUGGAUAAACUAGCACAGAAGAAAAACGGGUCAGGGGCUUUGGAUCUUCUCAAGGAACUGAAGAACAUGCCCAUGACUUUGGAGUUGCUUCAGUCGACCAGGAUCGGGAUGUCUGUGAACGCUAUCCGCAAGCAAAGCACGGACGAGGAGGUGACAUCGCUGGCUAAAUCUCUUAUCAAGUCCUGGAAGAAGCUUCUGGAUGAGCCCGGUGGUGGAGACAAACCGUCUGAGGAGAAAAAGAAGGAGCCUGCAGCACCGGUCAUGUCCCAGUCACAGGGUAGCCCUGAGCCCAGAGAGGAAAGCAGUAAUUCAAGCAGUAAGAGCGAGGCUGUUGACAUGAUGCCCACCACCCACACGUCGGCCUUCCCUCGAGCGACAGGAACGUCCGAUUCGGUGCGCCUUAAAUGCAGGGAAAUGCUGUCCAGCGCUCUGCAGACUGGAGACGACCAUAUCACCAUCGGGGCCGACUGCGAUGAACUCGGAGCCCAGAUUGAGGAAUGCAUCUUCGUGGAGUUCAAGAACACCGACAUGAAGUAUAAGAACCGUGUCCGGAGCCGAAUCUCGAACCUUAAGGACAUGAAGAACCCCAACUUGAGGAGGAACGUCCUCUGUGGCAACGUGCCCCCGGAUCGCAUCGCCAGAAUGACUGCAGAGGAAAUGGCGAGUGAUGAACUGAAGGAGAUGCGCAAGAAUAUGACCAAAGAAGCUAUCAGGGACCAUCAGAUGGCGAAGACCGGAGGCACCACGACUGACCUGUUCACCUGCGGGAGAUGCAAAAAGAAUAAGUGCACCUACACGCAGGUCCAGACUAGAAGUGCUGACGAGCCCAUGACCACAUUCGUCUUCUGCAAUGAAUGCGGCAAUCGAUGGAAGUUCUGCUGAAGUUGGAGCGGGCGUCAUCAGUGCAGAGAACUGGCUAAAUUCCUGGACCAUCACUUUCGUACCAUCAGCUGAUAGGAACUUUUUUAGGUUUUUUGGCCUCCAUCGUACCACGGUGGUUAUGGACACCAUCAAUGUUUUUUAUCAUUGUUUUGGUGUGGAUCAAAACAAUGUCCUGUGUUUUAACUUGACUUCUAGCUAGGCUCAGCCUUCGGACUACGAUCAGUGUCGUUUCUUCGUUUUUUUUUUUUUUUCUCCGUUUUUUAUUUUUUCUUUUUCCUUUUAACAUCAGGUUUUUAUAUGUAGUUUAAUGCAGGUAUUUUUGACAACAUUCACAAGUAGAACGUUUUCCCUUGCCCUAAUGGAAAUGACCAGUAGUUAGGCCAUCUAACUUUCUUUUGUUUUACCCCAAUACAUUUAAAUCUAUUAAGGCUUUUCCAUUUUAAAUGUUGAUCUUCUGUUAACCCUAGCCAUUAUGAAAAAGACCCUUUCCCUACUUUUAUUCAUAUUUAUAUGCAUGAUUGGCAAAUUUCUACUGUUUACAUUUUUUUUUUCUUCUUUUAAGGAGUAAAACAUUUUUCCAAGACUCACAA